AUGGUGAGACACAGCCUGGUAAUUCAUGAGAAGAAAAUGAACCUGAAAUCUGAACGCAGAGGAAUUCACGUUGAUCAGUCGGAGCUACUGUGCAAGAAGGGAUGUGGUUACUAUGGCAAUCCUGCUUGGCAGGGAUUUUGCUCCAAGUGCUGGAGAGAGGAAUACCAUAAGGCCAGGCAGAAGCAAAUUCAAGAGGAUUGGGAGCUGGCAGAGAGGCUUCAGCGUGAGGAGGAAGAGGCCUAUGCCAGCAGUCAGAGCACCCAAGGGGCACAGUCACUGACCUUUUCCAAGUUUGAGGAGAAGAAAACCAAUGAGAAAACACGAAAGGUCACUACUGUGAAGAAGUUCUUCACUGCUUCCUCCAGAGCAGGAGCUAAGAAGGAGAUCCAAGAAGCCAAAGCUCCCAGCCCUUCCAUAAACAGGCAGGCUAGCAUCGAGACAGAUCGAGUGUCCAAGGAGUUCAUAGAGUUCCUCAAGACCUAUCAUAAGCCUGGACAAGACAUCUAUAAGCAAUGCAAACUAUUUUUGGACACAAUGAAUCAUAAAAGGGACUUGAGCAUUGAGGAGCAGUCUGAAUGUGCCCAGGACUUCUACCAAAAUGUAGCAGACAAAUUACAGACACGUUGGAAAGUGCCCCCUGAAAAAGUGGAGAAAGCAAUGGAUCAGAUUGAAAAAUACAUUAUGACUCGACAGUAUAAAUACGUGUUUUGCCCUGAAACAACUGAUGAUGAGAAGAAAGAUCUUGCUGUCCAAAAGAGAAUCAGGGCUUUGCACUGGGUAACUCCACAGAUGCUGUGUGUUCCUGUCAAUGAAGAGAUUCCAGAAGUCUCUGAUAUGGUUGUAAAGGCAAUUACAGAUAUUAUUGAGAUGGAUUCCAAGCGUGUCCCUCGUGAUAAGUUAGCGUGCAUCACCAGGUGCAGCAAGCACAUAUUUAAUGCUAUUAAAAUUACAAAAAAUGAACCAGCCUCUGCUGAUGAUUUCCUUCCAACACUCAUAUACAUUGUUCUGAAGGGGAACCCCCCCAGGCUGCAGUCCAACAUCCAGUACAUAACACGUUUCUGCAACCCAAGCAGGUUAAUGACUGGAGAAGAUGGAUACUAUUUCACCAACCUGUGCUGUGCUGUGGCCUUCAUUGAAAAACUGGAUGCUCAGUCUUUAAAUCUAAGCCAAGAAGAUUUUGAUCGGUUUAUGACGGGUCAGACAUCCCCUAAGAAGCAAGAAUCUGACAGUUUCUCACCUGAUGUGUGCCUGGGGGUGAAGCAGAUGUGUAAAAGCUUAGACCUCCUCUCUCAGUUGAAUGAGAGACAGGAAAGAAUUGUCAGUGAAGCCAAGAAGCUUGAGAAAGACCUAAUAGAUUGGACUGAUGGAAUUACAAAGGAAGUUAAAGAUAUUGUUGAGAAAUAUCCCUUAGAAAUAAAGCCAAAAGGCCAAGCCUUAGCAGCUAUUGACUCUGAAAAUGUGGAGAAUGACAAGCUGCCCCCACCACUGCAGCCUCAGGUCUAUGCAGGAUAAUUCCCAGUGUUGGCUCUGAGAAGCAGCAUUAUCCUCACCUAGUACUACCUGCUACUUGGGAAGGGAAGGAAAUGCAAGGCUAAAAUUCAGAUGAGCUUAAAUCAGUACAUUUUUAAAGGUACAUUUUUUUUGGUUAAGUGUAAUGAAUUGUAUUUAUUUUAGUCAAGUAGAUUUCUAUUAGGCUUUUGUGGGUUUUUGAACUGAAUUUAAAUUUUCUACAUAAACUGGUGUAAUUUUUAAGCAACACUAGUCCAUUGACAUCUCUCCUG